ACAUGAUACCAAACACACUAGAAAUUGAACACACCGACUGACAGUCGUUAUAAACACGUAAUCUCACGCACAAACACAAACUCAAAAUCAUCGAUCAAUCGAAUAUCCAAUGGCAGGAAUUCAAAGCAAGUUGUUCGUCAUCCUCCUUUGCUCGAUUUCACUGAUCGCACCUUUUGCUGACGCCAUCGAUGUCAAAUACUGCAAUAAGAAGAGUAAUUAUGCUGUUAAGGUAAGUGGAGUCGAGAUUAAUCCUUACCCAAUUGAAAGAGGCACAGAGACCACCUUCACUAUUAAAGCAUCUACAGAAACACCAAUCUCUGGAGGGAACCUUGUGAUCGAUGUUUCAUACUACUUUUUUGGGGUCUAUAGUGAGACUAGUGACCUCUGCACCAAGACAUCUUGCCCUGUUACCACUGGUGACUUUGCAAUCUCUCACUCCCAAUCAUUGCCUUCAGUAACACCUCCUGGUUCAUAUACACUCCAAAUGAAGCUGCAAGAUGCUAACAAAAAGGAGUUGACAUGCAUCACAUUCGACUUCAGCAUUGGCUGGUACAGCUCCGAGGCAGCAGUUGCUUCUAGUUAAGUGACUAAAACAUGUUAUCGGCCUAUCUCAACCACCUGCUUAUCAAUAUUGUAGAUGAUCCUAUGUAUGUUUCUCAUGUCUUAUGUUUCUGUUACUCUGUACUAUGUUUGUUAGAUGUUAAUAAAUGAAUGAUGUUUCCCUGUGCUGUUGUA